AUGGAAACCAGGAACAUUAAAAACUUUAUAAGAGAAAACAGAGAGAUAGUGCUUUUGAUAUGCGACUUUUACGAGACAAAGCACAUUCCUACCGAGAUGACCACCCUCAAGAAGAACCUGUCGUUGUUUCCUGUGGCAAACAUACCCAUGAUUGAGUAUGUGCUAUCGAGUCUCUGCGACCAGAAGUUCUUCAAUGUGGUUCUUGCGGGAAACAAUUGCGAGGAGGUGAUAGAGCAUGUCAAGGGGACCGAGCUUGACGAGAAGAUGAACAUCAUAUCGUUUGACUGCGACGGAAAGUCUCUGGGGGACCUUAUGCGGCACAUUGACGAGAACGGGCUGGAGUUUGACGACCUGCUGAUUAUAUAUGCAAACCACUACACAAACUACCCGUUCCGAAACGUUGUCAGCAGGCACAAGGAGGACAAGAGCUUUGUCAUGACUCUGUUUCUGCAUCCGAACGAGAGCAACAGCAAGGUGUCGCAUCUGUAUGGAUUUAGAAACAACGAGAUUAUUUUCUACAACAAAUGUGUUAACGAGAAGCAUGACAGCGAGAAGGUCAGAGAUGCAAUAGAAAGCGGCGGCACGGUUGAGUUUACGGCCAGCCUAUCAUCGCCGACGAUAGCAGUUGUGUCGUCGGCGAUCUUCCCGCUGUUUACAGAGAACUUUGACUUCAGAACUCUUGGGGACCUUGUUGGAGGGAUUCUUGGGUUCAAUGCAUACAACUUCAAGAUUAUGUGCUGUAGACAAAGCGAUAUAGACGUAUCUGGGGGUCUUGAGCACCUUAGCGUUGAGCGGAGGAACGGGUUUUAUAGCAAGGAGAUCAUCACACUGUACGACUACUUUAAGUUUAAUGAGGAUGUUAGAGAGGGAAAGGCUGUGGAUCUGCUUAGGUUCAAGUGCCGCAACUCCGGGGACCUCAGGAAUUUUGUGCAGGUGGAGAGCAACUUUUUUUUCGACAUUCCGGAAGUAGAGUUCCACGAGCCUAUAUCGAACACUGUCAUUGGAUGCGACCUGAGGUUCAAGAUGGACUACUUCAUCAAGAAUUCUGUUGUUGGACAUGGAUGCUUCAUUGGAGGAAACAUAGACAGAUGCAUUAUAUGGGACGAUGUUUCGGUGGAGGAGGACUUCAUUGAUCAUAUUGUCUUUUCUGAGGGCAGGGUUAUCCAUUACAAUCAUCUAGAGGAAGAGACGGAUGAAGACGAGGAGGAGGACAAGCCGAAGAGGGGAACAUCGUUCUUCGACGACGUUGUGUUGUAUUUGCUAUCUGUGGUUGGGCGAGAAGACUUGGACAAGGUGGAUAUGGAUGAUGUAGUAAAGCAAAUAACUCUUCUCAGGAUAGUGCGAAACGCCUCUGAUCUAGACCUUAUUGAGGCGUUUUCGAUGUUUCUGGUGGAAAUGAUAGACUUGAACGAUAUAGAUGGAUCGACAAUCAAAUCUUCGAUGUUUUUUUCUGUCCUCGACGGCCACAUGGAAGAGACUGAGAAGCAAGAGAUGCUCAUGGAUCUUAUCAUACAAGGGCUUGGAGAAUGUCCGCAGGCAGCCAAAAAAGAUGUGGUCUUCAAAUACGGCUAUUUAUUAGUUGAGGAUGGAAUUAUCUCCCGGUCUGUCUUCAAGAGAUAUAACUCGGUUUUGAAGACAUGGGCUUCCUCGGAUAGUGGGUGA